AUGGGCUCAACAUCUCAAUCGGCUCGGGGGAUCAAAGCCCAGGGGGGUCCCUUAUUAUACCCCCGCCAACAGUGGCGGUGCUGCCUGCAUCCGCAAGAUCCAAACACGCCGACAUUGUUUCGGCCCUUGAAAAUCCGCGAUGUGGUGCUGAAGAACCGCGUGAUCGUGGCCCCGAUGUGCAUGUAUUCCGCGGAACCCGAUCCAUCGUCUCCGGCCGUUGGAGCGCUGACCGAUUACCACGUGGCUCAUUUGGGCCAUUUUGCCAUCAAAGGCGCCGGCCUCAUUAUUAUCGAAGCCACGGCCGUGCAACCAAACGGUAGAAUCUCUCCUUAUGAUUCUGGCCUCUGGAAAGACGGGCAUGAGUCCGAGCAAUUCAAAGGGAUCCAACGGGUAGCCAAUUUCGUCCACAGCCAAGGCGCAAAGAUUGGGAUUCAAUUAGCCCAUGCUGGACGCAAGGCCAGCACGGUAGAGCCCUGGGUGGCCUCGUCGGGGUCGGGCACUGCCAAAGCGGACGAGAGCGUCUUUGGCUGGCCCGCGGAUGUUGUCGGGCCCUCGGGGGGCGAAGAGCAUAUCUGGUCGCAAGGUGAUAAAUUCUGGCCGCCUCGCGAGCUUCGUACGGACGAAGUAGAAGAGAUCGUGCGCGCCUUUGCGCGGAGCGCAAAGCUGGCGGUGGAGGCUGGCAUUGAUGUGAUCGAAAUCCAUGCGGCCCAUGGCUAUCUCCUGCAUCAGUUUCUCAGUCCGGUGACCAACCGCCGAACGGAUAAAUAUGGAGGAAGCUUUGAGAAUCGCAUCCGCCUCGUGCACGAAGUUGCUUCCGCUGUCCGAGCAGCCAUCCCGGUUGGGACCCCCUUGUUCCUUCGAAUCAGUGCGACCGAUUGGCUCGAGAACCAACCGGUGGCCGCCGAGACAGGUUCUUGGGAUUUGGAAUCCUCUUUCCAGUUGGCCAAGUUGCUACCGGGGCUUGGCGUGGACUUCCUGGAUGUCAGCUCGGGGGGCAACCAUGCGGCACAAAAGAUUGAGCCACAUACCAACUACCAGAUCGACUUGGCAGGCCAGAUCCGGAAGGAAAUUCAUGCAGCAGGUCAGACCACACUCGUAGGAGCUGUGGGGUUGAUCACGGAGGCGGAAUCGGCCCGCGAGAUAACUCAAGGAGCAGAUGAAGCCUCUGCUGCUGAGUCCAUGAUCUCCGGCCACAGCCCGAAGGCCGAUGCGCUAUUGAUGGCGAGACAGUUUUUGCGCGAGCCAGAGUGGGUUUUGAAAGCUGCAAAGGCAUUGAAUGUACCUGUUUCAGUUCCUGUACAGUUUGGCCGAGCCAUUGUCUGA